CUCAGACAGCAGGCACACGUGGAGCAAAGAGGCUGGGAGAGAGAAAGACGUAGAGAGAGGCUGAGAGAGAGAGAGAGAGAGACAGUAAAACUGCUGCCACAGACUGGGAGUAGUUUUUGCUAUUGGGAUUGAAACAGACAAAUAUAGAAACAAAGGACCAAAGAGAGGUUUAGAGAAGAAAAAGAGGACAAAAUCAACAGCCAUUUGACUUCAACGUGCCAUUUUAACUUUGGUUUUCUUCCAAAGGAUUAACAGAAAGAAGAACUGACCUCUGGGAUGUGAAGUGUUUAAACCAAGAGAGAAAAACACAGCAGCUCUGAGGUCAGGUUGCUCUUGACCACUGACUAAGGAUCAACUUGCUGAUCUUUGAAAGCAAACCUAACUCUGCAUCAUAAGGGCUUCAUCUGACUCACCUGACUGAACUGAUUAUGCAAAGAAGAGAAGUUGAGGGUAAAGUAAGAAUUUAAGGUGUGGGCAUCAACAACGUCAACAGAAAGUUAGCUUAGCAACUUCGUACAAACGUAACAAGUUGAACCUGAUCAAGUGGAAGUCUCACAAGGAUUGACCAGUAGCUGACAGAGCGUUUGUGACGGUGAAGAUGACAUUCGCCAUGCUGCGCACGGCGCCUCCAGCAGGCCGCUUCUUGUACGGCGACAUCGCCCUCCUCUCCGAAGACGACGAUGAGAACGGGAGCGAGGGGUCGGGCUCAGAGGACCGGACCAACUCCAACUACCGCCUGUCCUCCUCGUCGCCAUCUGCCUUUCACAUCAAGGUGAACAGGAAGAGGAAGCUGUGCGGGGCAGGAGGGGAUGUAGGGGCCAUGAUGGGGAAGCUCGGCCCCCCGGGGUCUCCCAUCCUUGGGGAGGGUCGACAGAGGACCGCAGCCAACGCACGGGAGAGAGAUCGCACCAAUUCUGUCAACACGGCGUUCACAGCGCUGCGCACACUCAUCCCCACCGAGCCUGCAGACAGGAAGCUGUCGAAGAUCGAGACGCUACGUUUGGCCAGCAGCUACAUCAGUCACCUGGGGAACGUCUUGCUCCUGGGCGAGGGGCUUCAUGAUGGACAGCCGUGCCACGCUCCGUCACCGCCGUUCUUCCACGUUAACUCCUCCCCCAACCGAGGGUCUGACCAAUCAGCUCAGCCAAAGCACAUCUGUACUUUCUGCCUCAGCAACCAGAGGAAAAUGAACAAAGACAGAGACAGGAAGACGGCCAUCAGAAGUUAACAAUGAGGACACAAACCACACGGAUGAAAUGCAGAGAUUUUACUGCAACUUGACUUCUCAGACUUGAGAUGCAUUUCAAAAACUUUUGAAGGACUUCUUUAGCACUUCCAGGACUUUUCAAGGAACUUAUCCAAUAAUUUCUUUUUUUUUCUUACUUUUUAUAUCACUUUACAAGAACUUUUUACUUUUUAAGGGUGUUUUCAAAAACACUUCUGAAAAGUUUCACAGUACUUUUAAAGGGCAUGCUUAUCAAGGCCAUGAUGGACCUUUCAACAACAUUUAUAAGAGACUUUUUACUGUAUUGUUCAAAGACUUUGUUUUGAGUCUAAAGAACUUAUGGCACAUGAUGGAAAAACACACAGAACCUAUGAACGACAGAUAUGUAAUUAUCAAAUGCUGUGUGUUAUCAAUGUGUAAACUGAAAUAUAAAUGUAUAUUUAUGUGACAUAACAUUAUAUAAUGAAACUCUGUUAUUUAACCAGCAUUGACAUUCAUGACAAAUAAUGUAUAAAGGUGCAAAUCAUUGGCUAUUGGCAUAAAAAAAACAUGCUGGAACAAAGGUGGUAUUGGUUAUUUUAAUAAUAAUUUCUUAAAAUGUCCUAAUGCUGGAAAAUAACUCAAGAUCACUAAUAAAUUGUUUGUAUAUCUGGGAGUAAAUUUCAUGUAUAUGUUGGUGG